AGAGAUUUGGAUUCAGCAGGAAGGGGACAAAGCUGGGUUUACAGAUUAGUACAUGUUUUACUGCUCUGUGUAUUCAUUUAGAAGAUGGAUGUGUGUCUCGUAUGGAAUAAAAUAUGAAGGAGGACUACACUGUGGACAGUGACUGAUAUGGAUUAGAGUUGUUUUUUUUUUUAUUAACAAGAAAUGAUCAGUGGAGCAACCAUAACUGUUUGAACCUCGUAUUUUGUAAGUACUGCAAAAAAUUAACAAAAAUUAUUCUGGUCUAAAAAUGCAUUUUACAUAUCUUUGAUGUGCAUAUUGGGAUUUCUAUUUAGAAAUAUCACAAUCUGGUACAUACGUGAAUUAAAAAAAAAAAAAAAUUGUCCAUCCAAGAUUCAAGAUUCUCUGUUCUGUUAUUGGUCCGUGGACCAACUGAAAUGGGAAGCAGAAUGACCUCUACAGCUUGCUUAGCUCUGAUUGCUUUCUGGCUCUACUUGUCAGAUGCUGACUGUCCUCCAGGGUGUCUGUGUACCUCGGACAUUGUAAACUGUGGUUCUGUGGGUAUGGAGAAAUUUCCCUCUGUACCCUCCACCACGUAUACCUUAGACCUCAGCCAUAAUCGGCUCACAUGGUUGGCACCAGGCACCAUCCAUGGACUGGCCAGGCUGAAUGUUCUGUGCAUUUCUCAUAACCAAAUUUCUUUGCUCAGCCCUGCAGCCUUCUACAAUGGCAGCAAUCUACACCAUCUUGACCUUUCUUCCAACAGACUGCAGACGGUGGGGAGAUACCCUUUCCAAGACAUGCUGGGGUUGGAAGAACUGCUGCUCUACAACAACCGCAUCACCCAAGUAGAGAGCAGUGCUCUUAUGGGACUGAACAACCUCAGGAAGGUUUACCUGAGCCUAAACCUGAUUACAGAAUUCCCAUUUUUCUCUAUCCGCAAGCACAGCCAUCCUAAUCUGGUCACUCUGGACCUCUCCUCUAACCGCAUAUCACGACUGCCUCUGGAUGAUAUUGUUCUGUUGCCUGUGACUCUACAGAGAGGCUUGUUCAUCCAUAAUAACAGUUUUGUUUGCGACUGUUCCACAUAUCGCAUGUUUUGGCACUGGGCAAAGGAGGGUUAUGAAGCUGUCAGAGAGUUCAAGGAUGAAUAUUCAUGCCAUAUUUUUGGAGAACCACUCAUCUCUAUCAAUUUCCUCCACAGACCUCGCUUCUUUGAUAACUGUACCAUUGAGAAAAUGAUUUCUUUGAUCUCGCCAAAAGCUGACAUAAGAGUCUAUGAGGGGGAUCAGGUCAGAGUAGAUUGUACUGGUACACUUAGCAAUGUGGUUCUCUCUUACUCUUGGGUUAUUCCUCACCAAGACAACAUGACUGAUUUGAUUCAAAAUGGUACCCUGCGGCUGAACAAAGACGGCAGUCUGGAGAUCCUAUCUGUCCAGCCAAGGGACUCUGGAAUCUACCGCUGCCUAGCUGUGGACAUGGUCAGGAUGAUUAACGAAACCCGUGAGGUGAACUUAACUGUAGAUACUUGGCAUUUGCGAAAAGAGCCAUUCAGUACAGGACACACUACCCUGCUGAGCUGUGCCAUCACCCUCUUUCUCAUACUCGUGUAUCUAUUUUUAACCCCUUGUCACUGUGGCUGCUACAGAGCCCCACCAACCUCACCAGCAAUCUCUAGCUUUGGGGAGGACCACAAGUCUCUGGCAUUCAUCUCUGAGGUUUCACCAGCUUCAAGGCUGAAGCUCAUGGACAAGUGCAACACUGACAAACAUAUGGUAUUUCUUGAGCUGCCCAUGGAAGAAACUAAUGGCAGUCUUAGAGCAGAAUUUAAAGCUGACUAA